UUACCUCGCACCGUUUGAAGAAAAUCGCCUGAGAGUACGCUCUGCCAGUGAAGUUGUUCGUAGGGCCGAGACUUGGAGUGCAGUGGAGCGAGUAAGGUAAUCUCGUUGUCGCGACGGGGAACUAGGGUUCCGGCGAACUAUUUCCGUGUAGAGGCUCGAUCUCAGAAUUGUAGCAUCUUGAUCUAUCUAUAUAGGGUUAUAUUUCUAAGGCAAUGGCUUUGAUCAUGGUGACCAGUUGUCAACGCUCGGAUCCACAACUUAUGGUUGCGAAAUUAUAGACCUCGUGUCUGAAGUUGUAGUGAGUUUAAUUUGCUGUUGGUACUAUUUUAUAUUAUAUGAUGGAAGCUACUGACGGAAUUGAACUGGAGCUUUCUAACGGCGGCUUGGAGAAAGCGCUGACUAAGAAUGGCAUGGGAUCCGGUGUGAACAAGGAAAACCAAAUCGACUCAAAAGGCGGUGCUGCUUCAGAAGAGAAUGGGGCUGACACCCCACAAACAAAUGGCAGCCUGGAAGGCCAAUUACUUGCUCAAGAUGCCAAUGUUUCUGAAAUGGGAGUUGAAGAAUCCUCUGCUAUUUCUGAAAACAGACCUUCAGAUCUUUUAAAGAAAGCUGCAGCUCUUCAAGCUAAUAAUUUGAAGAACAUUAAGGCUCAGAAGGUUCAAAAGGAUGGAUCUGGUCGGAUUGGGGCGGUGAAUUCAAAGGCUAAACUUUCUCAGAGCCUUUCGUUUCCUGCCAAAAGUAUUCCUACAAGAGGCCUGAGAAAGAGCACAGCAGAUUUGAAAUUGUCAAAAGUUGAUGCUAACUGUUCCAACGCAAAUGAUUCAGAACUGAUAACUAGUGGGACAACUUCUAGGAGAGAAAAUAAAAUAACUGCAAGAAGCUCCCAGCAGUUGGUGCCUGCGAACACUGGUUCAGUUGAUGAUGGUGCAUCGUGUGAAGUCUCAGAAAGUCUGACUCCUCAAGCGGCGGCUCAACGAAGGAGUGCUUCAGGGUUUUCUUUCAGAUUGGAAGAACGUGCAGAGAAAAGGAAGGAGUAUUUUACCAAGCUGGAAGAGAGGAUUAAUGCAAAGGAAUUGGAAAAGACUAACAUACAGGCAAAAUCUAAGGAGAACCAGGAGGCUGAAAUCAAGCAGUUGAGGAAGAGUUUGACCUUUAAAGCUACGCCAAUGCCAAGUUUUUAUCAAGAACCUAGUCCCCCAAAAGUUGAAUUGAAGAAGAUCCCUACAACAAGGGCUCGAUCCCCAAAGCUUGGACGGCACAAGCCCUCUAACACGGCGGCUAACAAUUCCUCAGAAGAUAAUGACUCGACUCAAAUCCCCGUGUCUGAGCUCAACUCAGCAACUGCUCAUGAUGGUGCAGCUCCCAAGAAAACUGCCACCCAGAAGUCAAUUUCAAAACCAACUUCUCUGAAAUCAGCAACUACUAGACCUGAAACUAAAGCUACUGCUUCAAAGAUUAAAGCUUCAAACAUAAAGAAAAAAAUGGAACAAGGAAAGGCGGAAGAAAGAGAGAACGGAGAAGAACAUGAGAUCAAACCUGUUGAAGAAUCUCCUGUAGAUGCCGCUGCCGAAGUUGAGGAAGUUUCAUAAAAAUCAUUUGGAGGUGAAAGUAUUCUUAUUCCAUCUGGUCAACUGACCACUGAAGCUUGAUUAAUUUGAAUCGUCUUUUCCGUUCUCUCACUUGUUUGGGUGCGCACAUUUGUGAAUAGCUUUGAAGAAUUGUCCGUUAAGAAGUGUAUGAUUGCUUGUUUUGUCACCUGCAGUUCAUUUCCCUGAUUAGUAGUCAUGUCUUCACGUUUUGCUGGACAAUAUUGAUUACCCUGGCUUGUAUACUUGUUUUAUUUGUCUUGCACUAUUUGUCCAGGCUGCCUAUUUUUGAUCAGAACGGAUGCUUUUUAUUAUCUAACUUCUGAGAAUGCCAGUUUAAACAGAGACGCGGUAAGCCUAGGCAGACCUCAACAUAGUGUUUGUUUGGUUCUAUAUAUCGUUGAUGUUAUUAGUUUU